CUGACACGACGUUAUUGAUUCGGCCAUCAUCUGCAAUCCGUCAUCAUGAAGAUUCUUGUUUUCCUGGCGUCUACAGUUGCUCUGGCGAGGGCUGCAUCAACAGGGGAUAUUCAGAACGUGUACCAAUUUGGCAAGAUGAUCAUGUGCCUUGGAGACCUCGGGUACUUUGAAGGGUUAGAAUACAACGGCUACGGCUGUUACUGUGGUUAUGGAGGGGAGGGCACACCGCUGGACGAAACUGACACCUGUUGUAAACUGCACGAUGAAUGUUACGGGAGAGCCAAAACGGACGAAAUCGGUUGCUGGGCCAUAGAAACUUAUGGCACCAUUUACGACUACGAGAAAUACACCGACGAAUCUGGCAAUUGUGCCAUCAAAUGCACUAAAGAGGAGGAUUACCCAUGGUACGUCAUAAGAACCAAAUGCAAAGCCUUCAUGUGUGAAUGCGACCGCAUUGGGGCGCAGUGCUUUGCCGACAAGCGGUCUACCUUCAAUCCCAAGCUCAUCGACUACGAUAACGACAACUGCUAGUUCGUAUGCUGCUGGAUUCCUUGAGUGGAAGCCAAAGCAAUGAAAACUUUAUCAAGAUUACCGAAAUUAUAUUAAACGUACUUGUUUAAUCAAUGU